CACCCCAAGCGGGACGUCGCCGGUAGCGGCGAUCAUCCCCUUUACGGAUGCCAGCGAAAUUUCCCUCUUCGAUUUCAUCGGUGUACGUGAAAAAAUCGCGAGGAACCGUGUGAAUUUAUGGAACAUCAGUUCACGUGCUCGUGAUACUUUCAGAAACAUUGAAAGUGUUUAUUGUGCUUGGGAAUUUUAAUAACGGUGUUGUAUCAGUGCAUAAAUGGUGGAUUAUUAUAAUUACAAGAUGUCAGGCAGCGAGGAGGAACCUGAGUCGCAUUCGCAGCCAGGGAUGACCAAGGCGGAAUUGCGGAGGAGCAACAAGCCGAUCAUGGAGAAACGGAGGCGUGCUCGGAUAAAUCAGUGUCUGGACGAGCUGAAGAGCCUGAUACUCGAGGCGAUGAAAAAAGACCCAACUAGGCAUUCGAAACUCGAGAAGGCCGAUAUCCUCGAGAUGACGGUGAAGCAUUUACAAGCGGUACAGCGUCAGCAAUUGAGCACGGCGGUCGCUACCGACCCGGCGGUGCUAACUAAAUUCCGUUCCGGAUUUUCUGAAUGUGCUACCGAAGUAUCGCGGUACGUCAGCCACCUCGAGAACGUCGACCCUGUUGUAAAGCAACGACUGGUAUCACAUUUGAACAAUUGCGUUAGCAAUCUCCAGCAAAUGGCGCCAUUCUACAGCCACUACGUGCCCUACAUGCCGGAACGCCUCUAUCCGGAGGUGAAGGUCGGUUUCCAGAGCGAUUUCCAGAAUGGCGACGAGAAUAAUAAUGGAAGUGCCAGGAUACAGAUACCGAACGGGGUUCAACUGAUACCCAGCAGACUUCCUACAGGAGAGUUGGCCCUUUUGGUACCCCAGUCGGCCAACAUCUCGGCAAACUUUCCUUUCUUCCCCCCGGCUCCAGAAUCUACCUCGAAAAUUGGACAAUCCUCAGCUUUCACCUCUGUCCAUAGAUCACAGAGUCCACUAUUGAGUCCAUCAACCUCCACGUCCAGUUAUGGCGAAGAGAAUCAUCAGUCUGAACACUAUGCACAGGCUGCAUCGCCUAAUCAACAACGUCGCUUCAAGAUUCCUGAUCAGAGUUCGGUCUCCUCGAAGAGCUUCUCUUCGUCACCGGAGACCCAGAAGCCACAAAUCAGCUCUACUAGUGACAGAAAAUCCCCAGUAACCAUUUUCAUGGAACCUAAGUCUGAAACGAACUAUGCGUCCAAGAAAGAAGCCGAUUCCUCUGAAACGCUGAACAGCAAUGGAAUGGCGGUAUCCAACUUGAGACAACCAUUAUCAGUAAUUACUGAUAAAACCUAUAAUCGUUCCAGUUCGAUGACAACCAAGAAAGAGUCUCUGAAGAGGCAUCAUUCGGAUGGACUCUUAGUAAUCUCUGAUAAGAGACCUAGGUAUCAAGAUACAAAUAGUUCAUCGAUUAAUCUAACUUCUUCUAAUGGCAUUUCGAAAUCUGGAGAAGAUCAAGCGAUCUCCGUGGAGGAUUUGUCGGGAAGAGCGACUUGUUCGACUAAUAGAAAUUCUAAUUCUAAUCCUAUGAAAUUUGCCGCAGUGGCUGGUCCUUCGGGCGCUAACGGCGAUAUGUGGAGGCCAUGGUGAUUCGUAAGAACCAUGUUCCCUCUUGAUUGCUUUAUUUAAAAAUUAGUUAAGAUUAUUUAACAGAAAUUAGUAUGAUGAAAAUACUAAUAAACGAAACCAUUCAUUAAAAUAGUGCCUUAUAAAUCGUUCACUAUUCUUAAAUGAUUGUAACUUGUUUUAUCUUAAGUAUGAUGCAUGUGUUACGAUAAGCAUUGUUAUAUUUAUUAUUAAUAUAAGAUUUUUUGUAAGUAAUGAUAGAAUCCAGGUUUAAUGUCGACGACGAACUUGAGAACAGUAACAGCCAACUCAGUAUCCUCGCAUCUGAAGACUUCCAAGCUUUAACAUAGUACAAUAAGCUACCCCUUGUGAAUAAUCUUGUAAAUAAUCGUCGAUUUUAUUUAAUGUAAUUUGUACGAUUAAAAUAGGAAUUUGAACGCGUGAUUUUAUUAUUAAGUUAUAAGUUGAUAUUGCCAGUUUACGUUCAAGGAGUCGAAAUAAAUGUGAAACGGACAUUGUGAUCA